UACAAGUCGCGCUCUCGUUUCACAACUGUCCAUCUCUCUACUCUCCAUCGAUCUCUCCUUCUUCUUUACACAAGAUCAACAUUCACCUUGCCAAAAACGUAUCCUCACCUCUCAACCCUCUUCCAUAAGCUCUACAGACGACGCAUAACCAUCUAUUUGUCGCAAGACGCUAACCCUAUGUCCUCAACUCACAUGGCACACCCGCCGACUAACAUUGGCUCAUUGCCGCAAUUCUAUGGCGAGACCAUGGCAGAUGGGACUGUAGUAGAAAGCCCUCCAGCCAAACCGACAGUCAAUGACAGUCAAGAUGCUCUACUCCGCCUUCCCAUCCAGCCCCAUCCCGCAUACACACACCCCGCGUCACCGGUGAGUCCAGUGGCACCUGGCAGUGUGAUGACCGUCACCCCAGCCACGCCCAGCCGGAGACGUGCGUCUUCCAAAGUGGAGGAUACCAGCCGAUGGGUAUCUUUUCCUGUGGAUAAUCGGGGCGACAUUGAUUACCGCAACGGUCGACAAAGCACAGAGUAUCGCUCAACCCCCUUGUCUCACCGCAUGCCGUACGUCGAGGAGUACUUAUCUGAGGAAGAUGACUCUCCGCGUACGUAUCGACGCCCUGAGAGGCGACACAGACGGCCCCCUGUUUCGCAUCGCCAGACCCCCGGUUCCCGUGCCCGCAUUUCCGUGGACCAGGAACGACGCAGUCUCGACAGCCGGAGAGAAAGCCACGAGGAUUACGAGAAUAUGGAUCCCAUCGGAAAACCUCGGUAUCAAUACGCAUAUGAAAGUGAGGAUGACCGCCGGUAUCAGUCUGGAGGCGCCGCCUACGGCGGUGGCGGUGGAAGAGGCCCUCCGAGGAAUAUGUCUAUCCCUGAGAAUCCUAUGCGGCUGCCCUGGACCAUGUGGAUGAACUCGACAGCAAAGAACCACUUCGUGGCCUUUAUUGGCGAGUUCGUCGGCACAACCAUGUUUCUGUUUUUCGCCUUCUCUGGAACCCAAGUCGCAAACAUCCGCUCCGAAUCUUCUAGCACGAAUACCACUACGGGUGCCGAUACCGGCUUCUCCCCACAAGUCCUUCAGUACAUCGCUCUUGUCUUCGGCUUCUCGCUCAUGGUCAACGUAUGGAUCUUCUUCCGUAUCAGCGGUGGCCUAUUCAACCCCGCCGUCACCUUCGCCAUGUUACUUACCCGAGCCAUGACGCCCGCCAAGUUCUUUCUCUUGCUUGUAGCGCAGCUGGCUGGGAGUAUAUUUGCGAGCUUCUUAGUCAGUGUCAUGUUCCCCACCCCGCUGAACGUACGGACGACGUUGAGUGCAGAGACAAGUUUGGCGAGGGGUAUCUUCAUUGAGGCGUUGCUCACUGCGGAACUUGUCUUCACCAUAUUCAUGCUGGCGAAGGAGAAACACAAAGCAACCUUCAUAGCCCCAGUUGGCAUCGGCCUCUCCCUCUUCGUCGCCGAACUCGUCGGCGUAUACUACACCGGUGGCUCCCUGAACCCUGCCCGCAGCUUUGGUCCUUGCGUCGUCACAGGCGUCUUUGAUCGCGAACACUGGAUCUACUGGGUCGGCCCAGCCAUCGGUGCCUGCGUGGCCGUGCUAUUCUACAAGUUCAUCAAGAUCCUCGAGUACGAAAUGACGAAUCCAGAUCAGGAUGCUGAUGAUAAGGAUAUUAGAGAGAAGGAGAGGAGCGUGUGA